UUAUCAUCGAAGCAAAAUACUCGCAGCGAUAUGGAUAGCGUAAACAAUCGCCCACCGGCUGAACACAAGAAAAUCGAUAGUACUGGUGCUAAGUAGUGUCUGCGCUUAAGCAACUACAGAUAGUCCCCUACUGGAUGCUAGUCACUAUGAACUGGACAAUUUUUCCGUUUUUACUGUUCUUGUUCGGUCUGACGUCUGCAAAAAAUACCACGAGUUGCAACUCGAAAGAUUUUUUCCUACACUUUCACCAGUGCCCUCACGACCCAUCUAAUCAGGUGGCGUCAACCACUCCGGUGUCCCCGAUCUAUCUACUGUACGACAUAAAUCCAUCGGAAGGAUUCAAUCUUCGGCGGGAUGUCUACAUUCGAUUGGCCGUGUUUUUACGUGGUUUACAAAAACAUCGUUCGUACGCGAAUACCAAACUCGUUCUGCCCCCGUGGUCGGCACUGUACCACUGGCGGUCAUCGCCCAAUCAAAUGCACAUUCCGUGGGCUCACUUUUUUGAUUUGGAUUCAAUGCGCCGGUAUGCCGAUGUGAUAGAAAUGCAUCAAUUUUUCGACGAGUACCGAAGGAAUGUAGGACGAGAUAUUUCGGUUGUUCGGCUGGAUGAGUUUUACCGGUUACAACACUUCGAGGACAUGUUCGAAAAUGGAGUGUUUGUGGAUAAAUUUGAAGAGGCUGCCUGCCAAAGAAACUCAAUACCUUCGGUUGGAGGGGUUCCGGGGAUUAUGGGCUACCGGAACAUUACGAUUAAUGAACUGAUCUGUAUGAGGUUUCAGGGAUCUGCCUCACUGCUGCAUUCUAUGUUUGAGAAGUUCAAGCACAAGUCACGUGGGAUGCAGCGAGUUAUCAUGCUUUACCACGCUGAAACCAUUCUGCACGAUCACUGGGGCAACGCGGAUUACUGGGAAGCUCGCCGGUCAAUGCGUUUCAACAAGCAACUGGUGCGGAUAGCGGACAAGUUCCGAUUGGAUUUCUUCAACUCUUCCAACGAACGGGAUCGAGUACAGCGUCCAGCAUCCUGGACGGAGGAGCGGCCAUAUCGCAAGGCACGAGGUGGAGAAUACCUCUGUGCUCACCUACGCCGGGCAGAUUUUCUGUAUGGACGGGAAAAGACUACACCCUCGCUACGUUCCGCUUCUAACCAGAUCAAACAGCGGCUGUUGGAGUUGGGUCUACGCAAAGUGUUCAUUUCAUCGGACUGUGAUAGGACCGAGUUUCACGAACUUAAAAACUACCUCCGACGGUUCAAGGUGGUUCGCUUCAUACCGGAAAGUAGACAGGAAGCGGAACGACUGAAAGAUGGCGGAGUGGCAAUCGUGGAUCAAAUUAUUUGCUCCCAUGCGCGAUACUUUGUCGGAACGUACGAAUCCACCUUCACUUAUCGCAUUUACGAAGAACGUGAGAUUCUUGGGUUUGCCAAGGACCUAACCUUUAAUACGUUCUGUAAGGAUGAGGAGGUUGGCGGUUGCGAGAAGAACUCCGUUUGGCCAAUUCAGUAUGGUUGAGAAGCCCCCGUGAAUAGACGAAAGUCGUGAACUCAUUUAGACUGCAGAAUAUAAUUGUGAUUGAAGAACAGCUGGCAGGGACGUUCUUGAACCGCAUUUCUCAACUUGCGUUUGUUGGAGGAGCACGUUUUCAGGAUGAUUUGAGCAGCACAUUGCUUAAAUUGAUCCACAAAACAGGAUCUGAUUUUCCAGUUCAAGAUUUACGUAUAAUAUCUAGUAAACUUUAACAUGAAUUGUGAUUAUUUAAAUCGUAAAUAAAUAAUGGACCAAUG